AUGUCAUUAUCAUUAAGAGACCAGCUGCCUACAGAAGACGGGAUAACACUAACUCCCCUCAGUGAGCGAGUUAAAACAUUGAAAAGAUCCCUAUUUUUUGGGCAAAAGCACUUACACGAGGGUACAAAAAUGUUUUUAAUAUUUUAUUAAAAAAUACUUCUAUAUAAAAGUUAUAAUUAUUAUAAUAAAUCUCUAGCUUAAUUUAUAGCAGCUAGCGCUAAAAAAAAACAGAUUUUUUUUGUUCGCUCACAGAAAGAUGGGGGAGUAAGAAGAGUGACAUCAAUUUCUAUCAGUGAGCCUUCAUCAGUUCCUUGGGAACGAUCUCCGAGACAAAGCACCAUUUUGCUUGAAUUCUCCAAAGUCCAAUUUUUUAUUGAAGAAGACUUUCUUUAUGAAAUUGAAUCCUCUUAUACAGAGCCUUUAUCCCAAGAUUCCUUGGAAAGCCUUAUAAAUGCUUAUAAGCAGAAAGAAAAAUGCCUUAUAAUUGCAGUCGUGAGGAGCAGAGAUACAGAACACUCAACCGUCAUUCACAAUUUUUAUUUCCAUGCGCAUCUUUUAAACAAACUUUUGUUUAGAAGAAAGCCUCAAAGUGGAGAAAUUAUAAGUAGAUAUCACGUUGAGCACCCAAUUCAAGUCAAUAAUCCGAUGACAAACCUACCGAUAAUUGGAGAAGUGGAAUACUUUAUUGCUAAAGAUGGAGCUAAUACAUUCAGAGCCAAUUUUAUUGGCACUGAUCAUACUUUUGCAAACAGUGAAACUCUAAGACAUGUUUUCGAGUCCAAUGCUCUUAAGCCAGAAGAUGCAGAACUAAAUGAAUUCAGUGCACCAAUUACUGAUUUUACAAGGUUUUUAGACCUUGAUAUAAACAGUUUGGAAAUCCUCACAAGACUUGUAGAGCUACAAAGAGACACUCUUCUAGCCCAGAUUAAAGUGCCUUUUACCCAAGGCUUUUUAUAUGGAAUGCUGAUGAUUAUCAAUUUUAUAUUAAUUGGAACGGUUAUAACAUUUUCUAUUCAGAGAGUAUUUUUUAUUUAGUUUAUUGAAGCCCGUGAAGGAUCUUAUGAUGAUUUUUCAUUUGGUGAGAUGAUUCCUUAUGGAUUAUUAUCUUAUCUUAUAUUAUCUAUAAAGUUUUUACGUCCACUACGGGGUCUCCCUGUCCAGGGAUAUCACCAUAUUUAUCCACGUGUCGGGCCCACGAAUCGCUGGACCGAUCCGCUUUGGUUACCAAGGCACAGGACAAACAGAUGUCACCGGCUUCGACGGGCUUCGCUGCCGCCACGGCUUUAUUCGACUCAGCUCCUGCGCAUGUUCCGCCUAAGGGUCACCUUCCUCGGGUGUGCUGAGAGUUAAAAUCUGAGCCUCUUGAUCGCACUAAGGAGCAGUUCCUCUAGUUAUCCCAGAGUUAAACCGCUGUUGCUAUCUCAAGAUAAAACCCAGCCCCAUAAAUAAAAUUGCUUGAGGGAGAGAAAAUUAGCGGAGCUAAUUUCGCUCGAACCGAAUGCCAUUUUAUUUAUUUAUGGAUUAUUAUCAAUUUCUUCAAUGUCUCUUGAUAAAUUGACGUGCAAAAUCUACAGAAGCUCAGAAAGCAGGCCUAUUUUUAUGGCAAAAUUGCUGACUUGGGCUAUUUUAUAUGGAGGUCUUGGCCUUUCUUUUACAGCGCAAAGCCUGGGGAUUGUCUAUUUCUGCACUACCGGACUUAUGGGCUACGCUUUCUUUUAUUUGCUAUUCAGUAUUUGUCUCUUUUUCGCCCAUGGCUCUCAUAAGAAAUUGACAUAA